CAGGCCCCUGGAAAUAGGUGGUUCUGGCGUGGGCUCCAGGUUGGGAACCACUCCAGGCCCUGGCUGCUCAAAGUGUGGUCCCUGGACUGGUAGUGUCAGCUUCGCCUGGGAACUGGGGGAGACUCAGCAUCUCAGGGCCACCCAGACUUCCCAAGUCUGCAUCUAAUGAGAUCUGUGGGUGACACUGUCACUUUGUGGCCCAGCACGCCCAGGUCAAGUUUGGGGCCUUACAUGAGUCCACUUAGGGUUGCUGUGACAAAGUGCCACAAACUGGGUUGCAGAAAACCACCGUAGUUUGUCCCCUUGGUCCUGGAGACAAAGUCCAAAAUCAAGGUGUUGGCAGAGCCAGGCUCUGCGCAGCGUCCGGGGGAGGGUCCUUCUCCGCCUCUUCCCACUCCUGGGACACGCGCCAUGCUUGGCAGCCCUCGGCUUGUGGCCCCAGCCAUCUUUGCCUCUGUCACUAGGUGGCGUCUCCCUGUGUCUUUGCAUCUGACAUCCACCCUACUCCACUGACAGCCUUGUCCACAUCUGCAGUGACCCUAAUUUCUAAAUACGGUCAGUUGCAGGUUCCAAGUGGGCAUGUAUUCUGGGGACACUGAGGCUCCAGCUUCACGAGUCUCUGUUCUGGGAUGCACAGGGCAGAAACAGAGGCCAGUGCUGUGCCCUCACCCAGCAGGUGCACAUGAAGGAGCCACACAGAAUGGGUGAAGGGACGAAGUUGCAGCCUGCACUCCGGGGGAGGGCGGGCAUGGGGCGCAAGGCCCAGAGCUGGAGCCUAGAGCUCUUCCAGCAAAGCCUUUGUGUGUUGGGGUCCCCAGGGUCUCUACUUGGGAACCUCUUACAGUGGCCUGUGCCGAAGAAAAUGAAGGGAGGAGCUCCCUCCCUCUGGGAACCCUUCCCAUGGAGGGUAAGGGGUGAGGGCAGGGUUUAUGGGUCCAGAGGAAUCCAGGCUGUGCUUGGGAGGAGCUGGGCGCCCAGGUCGUGGGAGGUGUUUGCAGUGUUGCCUGUUUUGUUUUGUUUUGCACGGAGGUGCAGCACCUUACACAGUACACUGUCACCUGGGUGGGCUUUUGGGUGGUGUAGCCACCCCCCCACCCAGGCGUUCUCUGUUGGAAAGGGUGGGCACCGAGCUCACCUAAAUCCCCUGGGCCCUUCCCAAAGGCAAGGCAAUUGGGGUGAGUGCUCUGAACCCCCAAGCUGUGGCUCUGUGCCUGCCCUUCAAGGCUUUGCUGGCUUCCCUACCGUUCCUCUCCCAGCUGCCCUGGGCAGUGCCCUGCCUCCCACACUGUGCCAUGGAGGCCCUCCUGCCUCAGCCCCCAGGGAGGAGUCAGCCCACAAUGGAAACCCUGAGUCUAGAACGAGGUGUGAAGAAGGAGGCAAUCUGGGAGAAGAGACUUCCACAGGGAGGAAGCCAGGAGGGAGGGAGGCAGAGGGGACCAGGGCAGGCCACCUGUCUGCAUGCUGCCCUUGCACACUGCAGCCAGAGGUCCCUUUCCCUUGAGAACCUGCUGCUCCUCCCCAGCACCAGAUCUGUCCCCUUGUCUAGGUUCAACCUGAGCAACUGAACAUGACAGCCACCAGCCAUAGGUGAGGGACAGGGGACAAGCCUGAGAACUGCCUGGUGCCCAGCACCCAGCAUGUCCCUCCCUGCCUCUGGCCUUUGUGGGGGAGGGGAGAGCACUGGCUGCUUAGGAAGCUGGGAGUCAGCAUUGUGGGCUGAAGCGGAAGGAAGAAUGAGGAAAUCUGCAGGGCCUGGGGAUACCACAGAGCCUCUGGCUGUGGGGCAAGAGAGCCAGUCCUCCUCAGGUCCACAAACAACUGCCACAGGCCAAGAACCAGUUGUGUGCAGACGUCAGAUUUUCCUGGCAGCUUUAUGAUGUGGGCUGGUGAGGACUGAGGCACAGGGAGGUGCAGUGACUUGAAUCAGCAGGAGGGGAAGGGUUUGAGUCCCACCUGAGAGCCCAAGUCCCCCAUGGUGUGAGGAAGGCAUCUCAGAGCUGGGCCCCCUUCGAGAUAGGGUGAUGAGGCCUCAGUGGGGCUAUACAGUGCCUAACUGCACCAAGGAGCUGGUCGGUGUUCCGGCUGAGCCCAAAAAGAGAAGCUCCCCAAGGCAGGCCCACCCCUACUUUUCUGUGCCCUACUGACCUUUGCUCAGAGUCCGGGGCUUCCAGGAAGGAAGAGAGGUGUUAGCCUGGUUGCUGUGGAGGAUCAACCCAAGGCAGGGACUCCAAGACCUGGAAGAGGCCUUCUGCAGCCCCAUUUCCUCUUAAUCAAGCUGGCCAGGCCAGCAGAGCCUCAGCUGUGCAUGGAAGCUGGAAUCUGACCCCGUGGUGGUGGCCCGGUCUCCAUGGUAGCCGGAGGUUUAUUACCCAGUCUCCACCCACCUUGGCGGACUUUCGACUUGAAGCCAGAGAGGAACAGAGAGCGUGGUUCUGAGAGCAGCCGGAGCCCCAAUAUGGCCAAGUUUCUUUCCCAGGACCAAAUUAACGAGUACAAGGAAUGCUUCUCCCUGUACGACAAGCAGCAGAGGGGGAAGAUCAAAGCCACUGACCUCCUGGUGGCCAUGAGGUGCCUGGGGGCCAGCCCGACUCGAGGGGAGGUGGAGCAGCACCUGAAAACCCAUUUGAUAGAUAGAAAUGGAGAGCUAGAUUUCUCCACCUUCCUGACCAUUAUGCACACACAAAUCAAACAAGAGGACCCAAAGAAAGAAAUUCUUCUGGCCAUGUUGAUGGCAGAUAAGGAGAAGAAAGGUUACAUCAUGGCGUCUGAGCUGCAGUCAAAACUCAUGAAACUGGGGGAGAAGCUCACUCAAAAGGAAGGUUGGUAUAAUGCAGGACACGGACACAAGAUUAAGCUGCCCCACCCCAGAACUGGGCUGAAGGAAAUAAAGUUACGGGUUUUCAACUGGAUCAUUCAAAGAGCUGCUAAUUCAGCAUCAUACAUAAGGUUGUUAAUCAGAAUUUUCAGACCACCAACAAUGACAGAAAACAAAAACAAAACCAAAAAAAGGGGAGAAAACUAUCAUUUUACCUUAGGUAGUUGAAUAGAAGUUUCCUAUCGCAAUAUAAAAUCAGAAAAAAAACACUCCACAAUUUUAGUAAUUUCUAUCCCAGUCCAAAUUUAGACACAAAUUAUGAUACUAUUUGAAACUAGCCUAAAUUAGUAUGGCAAUAAGAGUUCUUGAAGUGUUUACACACCACCACACCAGAUUCAUUUAAAAACUUAACUAUUUCCUGUUUUAACUGACAGUGAAGCUGGUUUUUUUAUUGCAAAUUGUUUUGUGACUAUAACUUGGCCAUUGAUGUGUGGAAUACACAUGCAUAGGGGAAGACUAUGUAAUGCACUUGUUACCCACACACUCUUGUUUAUAAAUACAUAUAUACACACACACAUAUAUACAUCAACACCAACUUUUUUUCAAAA